AUGGCCUCUGGUUUCCUUCCCCCGUGCAUCAUACCCGGACAAGAACCAGAAACGACCGCAGAAGAACGACAAGAGAUUUACAAGUACCUGCACUGGACCCGGCUCGGCCAAGCCGGCCAAGACGAUCCUGUGCGGAGCAUUGAGCAAUGGGGCUUGGGCUGGGGACAAUAUUCAGCUUGA